AUUGAAUGUCUGUCUCUGUAAUAAAGCCCUUUGUUCUUCUGUUCUGCAGCUUCUUCCAUCGCAUUCCUUCAUUCCCUGCUUCAUUUCAUUUCCCUCCUGAAGCCUACCUUUCCAUUUCUGCACACCAAGAAAUUACCCCCUACCAAAUUUGACCUUUCUCCCUGUCAACCUGGAUUGGCUCUGUCAAUCUCUGUCCUACAGAGACAAUUGAUUCAGAGUUCUUCCAGAGCGAUAUAAAAAGGGGCCUUUUUUCUUCCUCUUGUCCCCUCUUUAUCUCUCUCUUCUUCUGGGUUUCCCCUGUUUUUCUCCUUUGUUUCUUCUUCUAAUUCUUUCUCACCGUUUCCCCUGAUUCGUUGAAUUUGUAAAGUCGGGAGCUUUAUUCAUUUUUCCGCACAGUUUCCGUUUCUUCCCGCCCUUUGUUGUCCUGGGUUUCGGCUUUUGUGGCCUCUCGUUUUCCUGAUCUUCCGGGGCAGCUGGGGGUUUUGAUUGAAAUCAAAUAGGAGUCGAAAAGCAACUUGUUAUUUCUCCUGGGGUUUGUCUUUGAUUGCUGGUUUUUGCUGACUCCGUAGAUCCCUGAAGAAAAAGUUCCUAUCGGGAAAUGGGGAAGCCAACGGGGAAGAAGACUACUCCUCAAUCCCCCAGAACGCCCAAAACGCCCAGAAGCGAUAGCAGCAAGCAGCAGCCCAAGCUAUCUUCCGACAAAUCUUCCAAGGCCUUUGACGAGGACACAGCAAUCUUCAUCAGUAUGGCACUGGAGCUCAAAGAAGAAGGCAACAGGCUGUUCCAGAAGCAUGACCAUGAAGGGGCCAUGUUGAAGUAUGAGAAGGCUGUCAAGCUACUUCCCAAGAACCACAUCGAUGUUGCUUAUCUGCGCAGCAAUAUGGCCGGUUGCUAUAUGCAAAUGGGUCUUGGUGAGUAUCCUCGAGCUAUUAACGAGUGUAAUUUGGCUUUGGAGGUUUCUCCCAAAUACAGUAAGGCCUUGUUGAAGAGAGCUAGAUGUUAUGAGGCCUUGAAUCGAUUGGAUUUGGCUUGGAGAGAUGUUAAGCAUGUUUUGGCCAUGGAACCCAGUAACUCUGCUGCCCUUGAGAGUCUGGAGAGUAUUAAACAGGCUAUGGCUGAUAAGGGUAUGAGUUUUGAUGAACAGUCCGUUGUUGCUGAGGAGGCAGAGAAGGUUGCUGGUGCCUCUCGUUUGCGGAAAGUUGUGAAAGAGAAGAUAAAGAAGAAGAAGAAGGGUGAUAAAAUAGAGGAGAAGAAGGCAGAUGAGAAGGAGAAAGUUGUUGUGGAGGAUAAGAAAGUGACUCCUGUGAUUAAGACGAAAGAGGUGAUUGUGAAGACUGUUCAGGCUGAGAGAGUGGUGACGAAAGAGGUUAAAGAAGAACAGAAGCCGGUUUCCAAGACCGUGAAGUUGGUCUUAGGGGAAGACAUAAGGUGGGCACAGUUGCCUGCGAAUUGUUCUGUUGGGUUGCUAAGGGAUAUAGUUCUAGACAGGUUUCCUGGCUUGAAAGGUGUUCUUGUGAAGUAUAGGGACCAAGAGGGUGAUUUGGUUACUAUUACGUCCACGGAUGAGCUGAAGUUGGCAGAAGCAUCUAUUGGUUCACAGGGAUCGCUUAAGUUCUAUGUUGUCGAGGUUAGUCUGGAUCUAGAGCCAGCUUAUGAGCGGACAAAGAAAGAGGAGAAUGGAAAUGUUGGCAGCCAGGAACAAACCCUUGUUGUUCCUGAGAAUGGGAAUGGUGGGGGAGGAAGCAAUGACCCCCAAAACGAGGCUGCUUCUAUCGAUGAUUGGAUUAUCCAGUUUGCGCGACUGUUCAAGAACCAUGUCGGGUUCGAUUCUGAUAGUUAUUUGGAUAUUCAUGAACUGGGGAUGAAGCUUUACUCAGAGGCAAUGGAGGAUACUGUAACAAGUGAAGAAGCCCAGGAGCUGUUUGAUAUUGCUGCGGACAAAUUUCAAGAGAUGGCAGCAUUGGCCUUAUUCAAUUGGGGGAAUGUUCACAUGUCAAGAGCUAGGAAGAGGGUCUUUUUCCCUGAAGACGGUUCCAGGGAGACCUUACUGGAACUAAUUAAGAGUGCCUAUGAAUGGGGGAAGACUGAAUAUAUGAAGGCUGGAGAGAGAUACCGCGAGGCCCUUAAAUUGAAACCAGAUUUCUAUGAAAGUCUUCUGGCACUUGGCCAGCAGCAAUUUGAGCAAGCAAAGCUUUGUUGGUAUCAUGCUAUUGGUAGCAAGAUCGAUUUGGAGAAUGGGCCUUCUGAGGAGGUGCUAGACCUGUACAACAAGGCUGAAGACUGCAUGGAAAGAGGUAUGCAGAUGUGGGAGGAGAUUGGGGAGCAGCGCCAAAAUGGAAUCUCCAAAUUUGACAAGUAUAAAUCUCAGCUAGAGAAAUUAGGGAUGGACAAUCUAUUGAAAGAACUAUCACCUGAAGAAGCUGCAGAGCAGGCGGCAAACAUGAGCUCCCAGAUAAACCUCUUAUGGGGAACUAUGCUGUAUGAACGUUCUGUUGUGGAGUAUAGGCUAGAGCUACCAACUUGGGAAGAAUGUCUCGAGGUUGCCGUUGAAAAGUUUGAACUUGCUGGAGCUUCUCCAACAGAUAUAGCAGUUAUGAUAAAGAACCACUGUUCCAAUGUAACAGCUUUUGACGGUUUGAGCUUCAAAAUUGAUGAGAUAGUACAAGCAUGGAAUGAAAUGUAUGAUGCUAAGAGGUGGGAGAUUGGUGUUCCAUCUUUUAGGUUAGAGCCAUUGUUUCGUCGCCGGGCUCCAAAGCUUCACUAUAUGUUGGAGUCAUUUUGAUACUUUAUGGGUAGUUGGGCAUUCUUGGAGUGUUGUUAUACAGAUUCUUCAGAUUUUUUGGUGGUCCAUCUUGCAAAAGGGUUACGUUGUUACCAGUCAAAUAUAGGUCUUUUUUCUUUUAUUGGAUUUGGAACUUGGGUAAGUUUCAGUUUUACAGCUAUUGUUUGCUCGUGGAGAGCGAAUGAUGGUUGGAGAGUUUGGUGUUCUGGGUUUGGAAAGUAUUGAGCUUUCGCCCUCCAUUUUGGCUUUGAGGGGAUUUUGGAUUUGGGUUGUGAAGAACCAGCACAUGUUGCUCACGUUUACUUCCAUACUUUUGGUUGCAUUUCCUGUUCUGGGUGGUUUUGGCUUUUUUAUUUGUUGUUGUUGGGGGGUUAUAGUGUAAGUUAAAGGGGUGGAAAUAGAAGAAGAGUAUAUGCUGUGAUUUGUUUCGUUUCUGAGAAACAAUAAAGAGUGGUGGCAAAGGGCAAAAAGCCACUGCCUUUUGGUCUUUGUUGUAUAUUUGGGGAUUUGAUGCUUGUGAUAUUCCUACUGUUAUGAAUAGCAUUUAAUUGUUAUUGGUCUUUUCUUAUUGUGGAUGGAAUUCAUGG